UCCUGUCAGCUACUUCUAGGGUUCUUGCGAUGAUAGGCGCCAGAGCUGUGAAGCAGAUCGUCAAUGUCGUGGACCGGCCUCUUGGGAAGGGCAAAUCCGAGGUCAGUGUGAAUGCUCUCUCGUUUUUGUUCUCCGAGAUCGUGCAGUACAACCAGACGCGAGUGGAUAACAUCGCAGAGCUCGAGCGCAGAUUGGAGGAUCAGGGAUAUGGCGUUGGUCUCCGUUUCCUCGAGCUUUUGUGUCACAGAGAGAAGGGUAACAAACGAGAGAUACGAUUGCUAGGAAUCUUAUCUUUUGUCCACACCACUGUCUGGAAGUCUCUCUUUGGAAAGGUUGCCGACUCUUUGGAAAAAGGCACGGAGCACGACGACGAGUACAUGAUCAGCGAGAAAGAACUUCUCGUGAACAAAUACAUCUCAGUGCCUAAGGACAUGGGAGCCUUUAACUGCGGAGCAUACGUCGCGGGUAUUGUAAAGGGUGUGUUGGAAGGUGCUGGAUUUCCUGCUAGAGUAACGGCUCAUUACGUACCAAUGGAAGGCCAGAGUCGGCCAAGGACAACAAUUCUAAUCAAAUUUUCCGAGGAGGUUUUGAGGCGAGAGGCACGUCUUGGCUAGCAUGAAAUAUGCAUUGUAAGAAGAAGGCUGUGGCCAAAGAAACAAGAUGCCACAUGUUUUACAGCAGAAGGCCACGGAAGCAAGUGAUUGGGUAAUGGCUGUGGCAAUGGCGCCUUGCAAUACAUGCUCCACACCGGUCGUCAAGGGUUGCAUUGAU